AUUGAAUUUGCUUCUUUCGCGUAUCGGCCUGUAUCUCCAAUGCCGAAAGGCCGAGAAGCAACUUUAGCGAACCUAUGGUCCUCGUCCAACAAGUCUGACAUCAUUGUUUUCGAGAACUCGCUUAACUCAUCCCUUUGUCUGAUAUCUGAUAUAAAGGUGAUACCCCUUGCAGGGAGUGCAACUGCAAUAUUUGCAUCUCCAUUGCACGAGGACAUAUCUAUUCAAUCCGUUCUGCAAAUUUCAGACUUUUAGACACGCCUAAAAUUCUGUCAACAUGGCCAAUCUGGCCGCAAUCAUCACAGCCCCGAAAGCUCCCCUCGAAGUCCGCGAAGUUGAACUCUACACUCCCGGUCCAAACGAAAUUCUCGUCAAAAACGAGGUCAUCGCAUUCAAUCUUGUGGAAUCCAAGAUCUCCAAGCUCGGUGUCAUCCCAAUCGAAUACCCCGCUAUCCUUGGAUCCGCAUUUGGGGGCACGAUCGAAUCAGUCGGCUCGUCAGUCACGAAAUUCAAAGUCGGGGACAGAGUUGUUGCUUCAAAAAAAGAUUUUGCCAACGGAAAUCAGUAUGGCGCAUAUCAGAAAUACGUCGUAGUGGGUGAUCUCAUGGUCAGCAAACUCCCCGAGGGGAUGGACCUUGCCGUUCCGGCCAGUCUGAUGAUGAACUUGACUUCGGUGGUUGGUAUGUUUGGUGGGAAGAUUGGACUGGAUAAGCCAAGUCUGGAUGGUUCUACCCCCGCCAAGACAGACGUGAAGGUUUUGAUAUAUGGUGGCUCGUCCAAUUUUGGUGGUCUGUCUGUUCAAUACCUCUCUCAAGCAGGGUACAAAGUUACCACCACAUCUUCGCCGAAGCAUCGCGACUUCGUUUCCAAGCUGGGCGAUGCCAAUAUCAUUGAUCACACAAUCGACUCAGAUGCACUCAAGGAAAGGCUCGUGGCCGAUGGACCUUACGAUAUUGUAGUGGACGCAGUUUCUCUGCCAAAAACCAUUGCAAUCACUGCACAGGUACUCGCAGCACAGGGUGGAGGGAAGUUGUAUGCCAUGCAGCCCGCAUUCGAAUCCGAAACGUUACCCGAUGGCGUGACGAGAGUGUUUGAGAAAUGGCCCGAUUUUCUUUACGAAGAAGACAAGCGCGAGUUGCUGACGUGGGUAUUGGAAACUUAUGUCCCACAGGGAAUUUCAAAAGGAGCCAUCACUCCACUUCCAGUCGAGAAGAUCGCUGGCGGCUUGCACGGUAUUAAUGAUGCACUGGACAAGAUGUUGAAAGGGCUAAGUGGAGUUCGCCUCGUGGCGGAUCCUUGGGAGUGAAGUGAGUGGGAAAUUUGCAACGCGGGUUUCUGUACCGUAAUUUCGUUAUAGUCAUAUCAUGAGAAUAGAGACAGCCAAAAUGUCAUCCG